UGCAAGUUUCCUUAAUUAUUAAAACCACUAUUUUAGCUAAAAGUCCCAAAUUAAUCCACCGAACACCUCAACUUCACUAAUCAAAGGAAAUCUAUAAAAAUCAUCGAACAAAAUUGAUUCAGAAAAGAAAGACACAAAUGAAAACCACUGCACGUCGUGUCCUACGAUGACCCUUGAUUCAAAGGACCGCGAAACACCUUUAGAGAAAAUGGAAAAUAGUGGUACAACGAUAGAGACAACUCCAAAGGACCCAGAGCCCGAUAAAGUCACAGAAUCUCACGAGGACACACGAGAGAAAAUAGACUUUAAAGUUAUCUUCAAUAAGAAAAAAAUUGAUGUUAAUUUUCCGCUGGAUGGAACGAUUGCAGAACUGAAGGAGUACCUGCAGGAGGUUAUAUCAGUGCCAAAGGAUAUGCAAAAGGUCAUGAUUAAAGGGCUGGCCAAAGACGAACAGACGUUGAAGGAACUUGGAGUUACCAAUGGUGCAAAAUUGAUGAUUGUUGGAUCCAAGUUGGAUGAUGUACUUCUGGUAGCAACAGCUCCCUCGAAACAGGAGAUCCAGGAUGAAGCAGCAGCUGCGAGUAGUAAAGAACCUCUGACACAGCAGAAAAUUCAUAGAAAAAUAUUGGAUAAAGGAAUACCAGAGGACGCCAUGCCUGGUAUCAUAGAUGCUACGGAUCCUCUGCCGGACUUUCCACUCGCUGGAAUGCUUAAUAAAAUGGGAGGAAAGGUCAGGCUAACGUUUAAACUUGAACAGGAUCAACUUUGGAUUGGGACUAAAGAGAGAACCGAUAAAAUUCCUAUGAAUUCGAUAAAAGGAAUUCACAGUGAACCCAUUCCGGAACAUCCCCAGUAUCACAUUAUGGCAAUACAAUUAGGCUCAACUGAAGCCUCGAGAUAUUGGAUUUACUGGGUGCCCGCCCAGUACAUUGCCGCCAUAAAGGAUGCGAUUCUUGGAAAAUGGUGCUACUUUUGAUCGAUUCUCCACAAACAAAAAAAAAACAAAGUAUUUUCCAACGUAUUGAAAUGAUCGACGAAAAAGUGUGAUUAAGAUGUGAAUGUUCAUCAUAAAAGGACUACUAGUCACGUCUUUUUUUAAAAGUAAGUUUUCUAACUUAUUACGUUUAUUUACCUGCUCGAUCUUCUUUACAUCCCGGUAAAUGUCAUCUCCAUCUUACUCAAACUAAAGAUCACAACAAAUAAAAAGGAGAAAUUUACAGCUGUUUAGUGAUAUCUGCUUGUUUGUUAUUCUGAAAAAAAAAACGAACGAAAGGAAAUAUCUUCAAUUUAUCAGUUAUUGAAGUGUUAAUUGGUGAUAAAAAAAAUCCAAGUAAUUGCAUAUAAAGUAUAUAAAUAUAGAUUAUAUUAAAUAAAGAAAACCGGGAUCGAAUCGAUCUUUCAGUCAAUGCCUUGUGAUAAUGAAGAAAAAAAUUUUAAACUAAUGAAGGACGAUGAUUUAUCGCACUCCAAUUUCAUAAAAGUAAAAUUCAACAACGAACGUAUCACAAUGAAAAGUGAUUUAAUACCAUUCGUCUAUUUUCGCGUUGGCCUAAGCAUCUUGGUAGAGGAGGUGCAAUUGGUGAUCAAUCACUGAUAAACCAUGAUAAGCAUGCCAAUGGUACAUCAAAUUUUUUUUAGUGUAAAUCAGUAAAGCACAAUGUAACGAUUUUCUACAAAAUUGAUAUUUUAUACCAAUAAUAUAAAAUUUGUGUGACCAACUUAAUGUGACAAAUCAAAAUAAUAAUAAUCCUGGCAAAAAGCGAAAUAAAGAAGUUCAGAAAACCAUGCACUUAAAAGUCACUAAUUGAGAAAAUUGAGAAAUUAUUUUUCAAAGCUCUCAGAAAAUUCUCUACGCGGUGCCAAUAGUAUUCGAAUGUGAUUCGAAAAAACAACAAAUGCGAGAACUGAAUAGAAAGAGCCUCUUGAAUCCCCCAAAGAGCCCCAGGGGGUCCAUCGAAUAACAUUGAAAGAGCAAUAGAGGCAGUAAAGAAAGAUGAGGCGUACAUCUGUCCCGCAUGUGGAUGCAGGAAACGCCUCAUCACAAUGUUAAAUAUCUCCGAGAAGUGUAGGCGCAUCCUGACCUUUUAUUCUCCAUCUCUCUCCGAUUCUCUCCGACUCUGUCCCUCACCCAAGAACACCUCUGGCAUCUGCCAGAGGCAUUCACAGGUCCAGAGAAUUAGCUAAACCUCCUUCUCUCCAUCCCAACAAACUCCCUCCAACCAAUCCCGAGAAGAAAGUCUCAACCACGUGUUCUGUGAUCAAUACCUUCCCCACCAAUUCCUCAACAUAUCUUCAGUCUUUGAAACUGCUCAGUGUUAAAUCUAAGUGGUCCAAGGACGGUCAAGUCACUUUGCCCGAUGUUGUAAAUCGCCAAUACCUCAAUUUUCACCAUUUUCCACUUUUUUUAUUGUUUACAUCGUCCCUUUACCCCCAAAAAA